AUGGCUCAUUACUGGCUGGUAACUUUGAGCUGCCUCGCAAUCUCUCUCCUCCUCCCUGCAGCUGUUGGCACCCAAAGAAGAGAAGCCUGCAAUUGCAAUGGGAAAUCCAGACAGUGCAUGUUUGACCCUGAGUUGCUGAGACAAACAGGAAACGGAUACAAGUGCCUCAACUGUGUUGGCAACACGGAGGGGUUGAAUUGUGAGCGGUGCAAGGAAGGCUUCUACCGCCGGCAUCGUGGAGAUGACUGUGCUCAUUGCCACUGCAAUCCCACAGGUUCUACCAGUGUACAGUGUGAUAAACAUGGACAGUGCCACUGCAAACCUGGUGUGAUGGGCGACAAAUGUGACCGAUGCCAACAUGGAUUCCAUUCCUUCUCGGAGGCUGGUUGUAUAGCUGCUGGGCAAAUACAGAUCUCUCGUUGUGAUGAUUGUUCUCCAGCUGGCAGCACAGGGCAAUGCAUUUCAGGAGGACGCUGUGCCUGCAAGGCAGCCGUUACAGGAGAUCGAUGUGACAGCUGCAAACAGGGGUAUUUUAACCUGGAUGCAGAAAAUCCAGAAGGCUGUUCUCGGUGCUUCUGUUAUGGACACUCAACUACAUGUUCCAGCUCAGAAAAUUAUAGCGUCCAUAAAAUCACCUCUACCUUCCAGCAAGGUAAUGAGGGCUGGCAAGCUCAGGUAAAUGGGUACCCUUUGCAGCUCCAAUGGUCUUCACAGCAUCAGGAAGUUUAUGUGGCAGCAAGAAGUCAAGAUCCCAUCUACUUUACAGCUCCAGCCAAGUUCAUUGGGAACCAGCAACUGAGCUAUGGGCAGAAGUUGUCUUUUGAUUAUCACGUGAACCGACCUGGGCGUCGUCCUUCACAGCAUGAUGUAGUCUUGGAAGGAGCUGGCUUGAGAGUCACUGCCCCGCUUAUGCCUCAUGGAAAGAUGCUGCCUUGUAGAGCCGUCAGAACCUACACAUUUAGGUUGGAUGAGCACCCAAGCAGCAACUGGAGCCCUAGGCUGACUAGCACACAGUACCGCCAAUUAAUGGAAAACCUGACAGCUCUUCAGAUCAGAGCCACUUAUGGAGACAGUACAGGAUACCUCAAUAACGUCAUUUUGGUAUCGGCACAGCCAGCCUCUGGCACUCCGGCACCCUGGGUGGAGCAGUGUGUAUGUCCUGCUGGAUACCAGGGGCAAUUCUGCGAGCAGUGUGCUCCAGGGUACAAGAGAGAGGCUUCUUCCAGACUCGGGGCUUUCAGCAGCUGUGUGCUAUGCAACUGCCAGGGAGGAGGAAUCUGUGAUCCGGAAACUGGAGAAUGUUAUUCUGGAGAUGAAAACCGGGAGCAUGUUAGUGCUCCAUGCCCAGCUGGUUUUUACAGCCUCUCCUGGAACCCAAGGAGCUGCCAGCCAUGCCCGUGCAGAGCUGGCCAUGGCUGUUCUGUGCUGCCAGGGACACAGGAAGUUGUUUGUGAUAACUGUCCUCCAGGAACCAGUGGCACUCGUUGUGAGUUCUGUGCCGAUGGCUAUUUUGGGGACCCCUUGGGUGAGAAAGGCCCAAGAGUGCCCUGUCAACUGUGCCAGUGCAACAACGUUGACCCAAAUACUUCUGGGAUUUGCAACCGCUUGACAGGGGAAUGCAGGUGCAAAGAUGGAUUCUUUGGAAACCCUCAAUCUCCCAAUCCAGCUGAAAAAUGCAGAGCUUGCAAUUGCAAUUCAGUGGGCUCAGAGCCCCUGCGGUGCCACAGUGAUGGGAGCUGCAUUUGUAAGCCAGGAUUUGAAGGGCCCAGCUGUGAACAUACCCGCUGCCCAGCUUGCUACAGUCAGGUGAAAACUCAGGUAAAUCAAUACCUCCAGCAAUUGCAAGAACUGGAGGUGCUUGUCUCUCAGGUGCAGACCAGUGGAGAGCCAGGAGAUAGCGUCGAACUGGAGAGGAAGAUGAGAGAGGCUGAAGAGAGGCUUCAGCAAGUCCUGAGAGAAGCUCAGAGCCUACAAGCUUCUGACAAAUCCUUGAUGAGCCGUCUGUCCAAGAUGAAGGGUCAAGAGUUCAUGUACCAGGACCGCUUGGAUGAGAUAAACGAGAUAGUCAACAGGCUGCAGUCUUUAGGUAGCCGGUACCAGACUGAGGUUCGAGAUGCCAGAAGGCUCGUUGAAAGAGCUCGCUUGGAUUUGGAGCAAAGCAAGGUGAAGAUGGGAGGCAUGAUUAUUCCAUCUCCAGGCCUUCCUGGAGGUUCAAACCGUUUUUUAAUCCUGGCCCAAGAAGCCAUGAAGUUAGCAAACAGCCACAUGCAGCUGGCAGAUACGAUUGAGCAAGCCAGCAGGGCAGCUGAGGAUGCUUCAAAACAGGCCCUGGUGUUGGUGCAGUCAGCUGCAAGCGGGGGAGGCACCCUGGCAAACUCUGUGGAAGGGCUCCACAAAAAAUAUGAUGAGGUAAAGUUGCUAUCAAGUGAGUUGGAGGCUGAUGCCAACAGAGUUGCUUCUAAUGCUGACAAGGCCUAUCAGGGAAGCCAGCUGGUAAUGGGCUCCCUGGGUUAUUUACCAAAGGUUGACACAAGCUUCUUUCAGGAAACAGCCAGUCAGCUCCGGCAGAAAGCAGACUCUUUAAUGGGCAUGGUGGAAACAUACAUGGCGGAGUACAGACGGCUACAGAGCAACACAGGGAAUUGGGAGAAAGAAAUCAAAGAGCUGAUGGAAAAAGGACAAACUGACAGACUGGUGUCAGUCCAAAUGUUGUCUCGUGUCAACCUUGCCAAGAGCAGAGCUCAGCAGGCGCUGAGUGCUGGUAAUGCCACUUUUGAUGAAGUUAAAGGCAUCCUGAAGAAUCUGAGAGAGUUUAAUCUGCAAGUGGGUGACAAGCAAAGAGAAGCUGAAGAUGCGAUGCUCAAGCUUCCUCUCAUCAGUAACCUGGUCGCCAGUGCCAAUGAAAAGGCAAGCCGUGCAGAAGACGUCCUGGGCACAGCAGUUACAGAAGCAGAGGCAGCCAGGAGAAUGGCUGGGGAGGCAAGGGAGAUUGCUGGAGGCAUUGAUCAGGAGAUUGGGAGGCUGGCUUUGGAAGCAAACAGGACAGCAGAUGGAGUGCUAGCUCUGGAGAAGGGGAUAACCUCUUUGCAGUUUGAGGCCAGAGAAAUGGAAGGCGAGUUGCAAAGCAAGGCACUGGAGAUUGACACAGAUGCCACCAUGGCUCAGGAAACUGUUCAGAUGUCCCAGAAUGCUAAAGCAGGUGCUGUCAGUGCUGGGAUUGCUGUCCAAGAAAUGCUUAGCACCCUGGAAGAUGUUUUGAGCCUGAUGGACCAACCCAAGGAUGUGGAUGAGAAAGGUGUGGACAUGCUUGAAACAAAUCUCAGAAAGGUCAGAACAAAAAACAACCAACUGAAAGAACUGAUGUUGCAGCUGGAGGAAACGUCCAGUCGGCAGAAACUGCGGAUCCAGACACUGGAGAGGAACAUUGCUGAGAUUCUUGCCGAUAUCAAGAAUCUGGAGGACAUCCGUGAUAAUCUCCCCCCAAAGUGCUACAAUGUACAAGCCAUCGAGAGACCUUAACACCUUUGGGAGCAGUGGGAGUAGACUUCCAUGUAUUGUCUAGAUGCCAGAUCUUGGUUGUGGCAUUAGGGUUAGGCUUGGGGCAAUAUAUGAGAACCAAGCUUCCCAAAACUGACUGCAGGUGACUCUGCUGAACAAAUCCUUUUCAAGUUCAGUUCAUUGGGCUGGGAUAACAGUUGCGUUGUUAUGGGUUGUGAUACAACCAUUACCUAUUGGUUGCGCCCGAACUGGAAAAAAACCCAACAAUUGGUGUUGUCCCAUUCCUGGGGUGCAAACAGGAAAAGACCAGAUUACAGAUGAAGAAACUGACCAGAAAGAACCCAGCAUGCAAGAGCCCCAUUAUGUGGGGCUAUACCUGGAGAUGUCCUGGCUCAGUAUGUGGAUGGUUCCCAAAAUUCGUAGCCAAAACUGAAUUCCCUACUCUCCCCCCCCCCCGUGCCUCCUGUCUUUUACUGAUUUCUUCAGGCCAAUUUAGUGUAACACAAUGAAUGUUCGGUCCUGACAAAUUAAUUAUGCUCUGUUACCUUUUUCAUUGCCACAGAUUCCUCUUCACUCUUACCCCGUCCUAUAGUCACUUCCUCUUGGGGA